AUGGCUUCUGCAACAGGUUUCGAGACUGGGCCCACCUCCCUAUUGAUAACAGAAGAAUAUACUACGUACGGGGGGUCAGCUGCAUGCAUCCAUGUUCAACGAAGAGAUGAAGUGUCGGGAAAAUCACUGUCCACUCAGAUUCCAGACGGUGAACUGCAAGCCGCUCGCACAGGAGUGUACAGAGUGCCUGUGCGGAGCGCCAAGAUCGAGAAGCUUGAUGAGCCCAUUCUUGCGGCGGAGCUACACUUUUACUCCGACAACACUGUCCGUUUCAUCGUGGACGAAAACCAGAAGCUGGUGGGAAAUGGGAGGAAAAGGUAUCGGAUCCCUAGUGGGGAUGUUAUCCAGGAUUCUGAGCUACAACCACAUGGCAGCGUGAGAUACAGCUACGACAAACAGGCACGACAGUCUACCUUCGAUCUUGGUGACUCAACUCUAGUACAAGUGGAUCAUGAUACAGUGGUUAUCUCCCUUAUGGUGGAUGGUAGGGUGGUGCAGACGAUCAACGAGAAGCAGCUGUUCGUGGUCGAGAGUGCUCGUGAACAUUAUGGGGACAUAUGUCCUUUUGCGAUCAAGCAAUCGCAAGAUCUAUACCUUGAUCCUGCAUGUACUCCACAAGAGCAUCCCGGAACUUGGGCAGAAGAAUACAGAGAACUCACAGACUACAAGCCUCAUGGCCCGUCGUCAGUGGCGCUGGACAUAACUUUCCACGGCAGAGUCCCAGCACUGUAUGGUCUGCCCGAGAAAGGGACUCGACGCUUGAAGUUGAAGAUAGAUGGGGAUGACGAUAACAAACUCUACCGAUUUUUCAACCUCGGCUAUGCAGCAUACUCGGUUGACUCGGGCACGUCAGCUCUCUACGGCACUGUUCCCACCCUGACUGCCUUACAAGUUCUUAAUGAAUCAGAGGCCCCUGUCCGGUCCUCUAUGUUGUGGGUCAACCCUUCGGACACCUACAUUGCCUUGGAGAGGAAUGAAGACAAUUCGAUUCAUUCCUGGUUCCUCUCUGAAUCGGGCGUAAUAGACGUCUUCUUGUUCCCUCAGCGGACAGCUAUAUCAGCUAUGAAAUCGUACCAUGACGUGGUCGGAUAUGCACCGUUGCCACCAUACUUCAGCCUGGGCUUCCAUCGUUCUCACUACAGCUAUGAGAGUCAGCGAGAUAUUCUCGAUAUCGUAGACAACUACACUGACCUUCACAUUCCAGUUGAUGUCUUUUGGCUCGACAUAGAGCACACGAACGGCAAGCAGUACUUCACAUGGAAUCAGACUCUGUUCCCUGACCCUUUGAAGAUGGUACAAAGAGUCAACUCCCUCGGGAAGGAAAUGGUUACCAUCGUGGAUCCGCAUUUGAAGGCGACUCGGAGGAAGUGUUUCCUUCGCAAAUUCCAAUUUCAGUUAAAGUGUGGUUCUUACACAGGCGAGGUUUUCAAGGGUCUUUGCUGGCCUGGCGUCAGCGCCUGGCCAGAUUUUACCAGCCCUAGAGUACGGCAGUGGUGGGCAAAGUUAUUCGAGCCAGAUGGCGUGAAUGAGUAUUUCUACACUUGGAAUGAUAUGAACGAACCGUCAGUGUUCCAGGAUAUGGAGAUGACGAUGAACCGUGAUCUCGUGCACGCGGGUGAAGUAGAACAUCGUGACGUUCACAACGCUUAUGGUCAUUACUUUCGUAUGGCGACUUUCGAGGGUCAUCUGAAGUAUCGUCGUCCAGGCAAACGUCCAUUUGUACUCACAAGGAGCUUCUAUGUGGGAAGUCACAGGUUCGGCCCUAUGUGGAACGGCGACAGCCUGUCACAGUGGGACAACUUACAGGCCGUUCUUCCAAUGUUCAUGACGCUUUCAGCACCUGGAGGAUACUCCUUUACGGGAUCUGAUGUGGGUGGUUUCACUGGCCUCCCCUCUGCCGAGCUUCUUACGAGAUGGAAUCAGCUAGCAGCUGCAACGAGUGUAUUCUACAGACUCCAUUCUGAUAUCGUAUCGCCUCCCCGAGAUCCAUGGCUCUACGAUGACCGCACUUUAAAGAGAUUCCGUGACGCCGUUCGGGAUAGAUAUCAGUUGCUACCUUUCUGGUACACUCUGUUCGCGUGCUACUCUAUGUCCGGCGAGCCUAUGUUAAGACCCCUGUGGUUCGACUAUAUGCAUGAUGCCAACACUUUCGACUCCAACAACGACGAAGGUGACACGUUGCAACAGGCGAUUCUUGGUACUGAUAUAUUGGUACGUGGAGUCACUGAGGAAGGUGUGUCGGAAGUGAAAGUCUAUCUCCCUGCUGGCACUCAGUGGUACGAUGAUGAUCACAAGGUAUCUGUAACUCCAGCAAACUCUGAGUCACUAUUGCUCAUUCAGAUCAUCAGCGGUGGGUCGUUGCAAACAGUGGCUGUCACUCUAGACAAGAUACCCAGAUUCUACCGUGCCGGAAGUAUCAUACCACGGAAAGCCCGUGUUCGGGAUUCAACUAAGGGCUCGGAAGUUGACCCACUCACUAUGUGGAUCAAUGAAGACCCCGAAUCACAUGGAGCAGAGGGCUAUGUAUACCUUGAUGAUGGAUCGAGCUACAACAGCACGUCAAGCGGCCAGUAUGCUCUGUACAAGAUACGAUUCAACCGCCCCAACAUCACCAUCUACAGGGAAUCUGGCACGGGGGAUUUCCCGCUUAUAAUCGAUAGGAUCAAACUUGUCAGUUCUCCACAAGGGCUCGUCAAUUCUACUAAAGUUGAUCCUGUUACGGUUGAAAUCAAUCCACCAAUGACAGUCAAGUACGAUGAGAUGUCGUUUCGGAUCGAGGGCAACAUUUUGGAAACUGAGGCCCGUCUCCCCUCGCAAGGUGCCAUAGAUAUACUUGUGGAAUGA